UGUACAGAAUGUAAAUGUGGUGGUGGAGAAUCGCUGGGGAAAAUUGUCGGUGGGGAUCCUGCUGGAGAAAACAGUUACCCCUGGAUGGCUGCACUGUACUACAACAAUCGGUUCACCUGCGGAGGAUCGCUGAUCACCGAUCGUUACAUUCUAACGGCAGCACAUUGCGUAAUUCGUCAGGAUCCGGCUCGAUUUCGCAUUCAACUGCUGGUGCACAACCGAAAUCAGCCAAACACUAAUUCGGUGGAACGCAGCGUGAAGGCGAUCAAAACAUUUUUCUUCAACAGCAUCUCGAACAACAACGACAUUGGACUUCUCGAAAUGACAUUUCCGGUUACGAUCAGUGACGAUCGGUUGAUACCGAUCUGUUUGCCGCAAGCAGACGAUACGGUGUACGAAGGGAAGAACGCGAUCGUGACCGGUUGGGGCCGAACGGCCGUCGGAAGUUUGUCGGAUACACUGGAACAACUGGAAGUACCGAUUCUGUCGAACAAAAAUUGCCGUCGCACAGGAUAUUGGGCUUUUAGGAUAACGAAUAAAAUGCUCUGCGCUGGAUUCGUCGAAGGCGGAAGGGAUUCGUGUCAGGGUGAUAGCGGUGGGCCGUUGCAAGUGUUCAACAAUGAGACCCGUCGUUACGAAAUUGUUGGUAUAGUGUCCUGGGGACGUGCUUGCGCGCAGAAGAACUUUCCAGGCGUUUACACCAGAGUCAGUCGAUUUCUACGUUGGAUUAAAAACAAUACUAAAGAUUCUUGCAUUUGUAAUUAA